AAAUAUAAAACAAAGGUGGAGGUGUUGGUAGUGUAGCAGUAACCGCACUCCGUUGUCUCAUUUCGAGCGAGUGGUUUUGGUGCGGCUUUCUUUAUCCUUUUGGGUCUCCGGCGCAGUGAUAGCGGUUUUCUGGUGAUUCACGGUGCAGGACUAAUAAGGAUGGUGAGGAAGAAGAGAGGUGAUGGAAGCGGGGAGAGUUCCGAGUCCCAUGAAGCUGGUUCAGGGGGUGGCCGUGCUCCUCAGCGCGGUGGUUAUAGCCAGGGAGGUGGUGGGGGAUACCAAGGUGGAAGGGGAUUGAAUCCUCAGUCUCAGCAUGGUGGUCGUGGUGGGGGUCGUGGACGUGGCCCACCGCAACAGCAACAAUCUGGUGGACCAGCAGAGUACCAUGGCAGGGGAAGGGGAGGCCCUCCGUAUCAAGGAGGAGGUCGUGGGGGUUAUGGCGGUGGCCGUGGAGGUGGACCCUCUCCUGGACCACAGAGACAAUCAGUUCCCGAGCUGCACCAAGCUACCUCACUUGUGUAUCAAACGGUGUCUUCUGAGCCUACACCGUCUGAGGCGAGUCCUGCUCAGAGGCUUGACCCUUCUCCUCCGGCACACCAAUUUCAACAGCUCUCUAUCCAGCAAGGAGGCCCCAGUCAGGUCAUCCAGCCUUUGCCGUCUUCUAGCAAAUCUGUUAAAUUUCCUCUCCGGCCUGGUCAGGGCGUCACUGGCAAGAGAUGCAUUGUUAAGGCUAAUCAUUUCUUUGCUGAAUUGCCUGACAAAGAUUUGCACCAAUAUGAUGUUACCAUUACUCCCGAGGUUUCGUCCAGUGGUGUUAACCGGGCUGUGAUGCGGCAGCUUGUGAAGUUGUACCGUGAUUCACACCUUGGGAGACGCCUUCCGGUCUAUGAUGGUCGAAAGAGUCUCUACACUGCUGGACCGCUUCCAUUCGUCUCUAAGGAGUUUAGAAUUAGCCUUGCGGAUGAGGAGGACGGACCAGGGGGACAAAGGCGAGAGCGUGAUUUCAAAGUUGUCAUCAAGCUUGCGGCACGAGCUGACCUGCAUCACCUAGGACUGUUUUUACAGGGGAGGCAAGCUGAUGCCCCACAGGAAGCUCUGCAAGUCCUUGACAUUGUUCUUCGUGAGCUGCCUACUGCCCGAUAUUGCCCAGUGGGCCGGUCAUUUUAUUCCCCUGACCUAGGUAGAAGGCAACCUUUGGGGGAGGGUUUGGAAAGCUGGCGUGGGUUUUACCAGAGCAUCCGGCCUACACAGAUGGGACUUUCACUGAAUAUUGAUAUGUCGUCAACAGCUUUCAUUGAGCCGCUUCCUGUCAUCGAAUUUGUGAGCCAGCUUCUGAAUCGAGAUAUUUCAUCCCGCCCUUUAUCUGAUGCUGAUCGUGUGAAGAUCAAGAAAGCUCUUAGAGGCGUCAAGGUUGAAGUGACACACCGUGGAAAUAUGCGCAGAAAGUACCGUAUUUCUGGCUUGACUUCUAUGGCUACACGAGAACUUACUUUCCCUGUUGAUGAAAGAGGCACAAUGAAAUUAGUUGUUGAGUACUUCCACGAAACAUAUGGUUUCCGUAUUCAACACAUUCAGCUGCCAUGCUUGCAAGUUGGGAACCAGAACAGGCCAAAUUAUUUGCCAAUGGAGGUCUGCAAGAUCGUUGAGGGCCAGAGAUACUCAAAAAGACUGAAUGAGAGACAGAUCACUGCUUUGCUGAAGGUGACCUGUCAACGUCCUCAAGAACGAGAGCAUGAUAUCAUGCGGACGGUUCAUCACAAUGCCUAUGGUGAAGAUCCGUAUGCUAAGGAGUUCGGCAUCAAAAUUAGUGCAACCCUCGCGUCUGUGGAGGCCCGUAUACUCCCUGCUCCAUGGCUCAAGUAUCAUGAUUCUGGCAGAGAAGGGACAUGUUUGCCACAAGUUGGUCAGUGGAACAUGAUGAACAAGAAAAUGGUUAAUGGAGGAACUGUUAAUCACUGGAUCUGUGUCAACUUCUCUAGGCAAGUGCAGGACAAUGUGGCGCGAACUUUUUGUCAGGAGCUUGCUCAGAUGUGCUACAUAUCUGGCAUGGCGUUUAAUCCUGAGCCAGUGCUCCCACCAGUCACUGGUCGUCCUGAACAUGUUGAGAAGGUUUUGAAAACUCGAUAUCAUGAUGCCAUGACCAAGCUCCGACCUCAAGGGAAGGAACUUGACCUCCUUAUUGUUAUUCUGCCUGACAACAAUGGAUCAUUAUAUGGUGAUCUGAAGCGUAUCUGUGAGACGGAUCUUGGGAUUGUUUCUCAGUGCUGUCUGACCAAGCAUGUUUUCAAGAUGAGCAGGCAGUAUUUGGCCAAUGUAGCAUUGAAGAUAAAUGUGAAGGUCGGUGGAAGGAACACUGUACUUGUUGAUGCCAUAUCAAGGCAGAUUCCACUAGUCAGUGAUCGGCCUACCAUAAUUUUUGGCGCUGAUGUCACCCAUCCUCACCCCGGAGAGGAUUCCAGCCCCUCUAUUGCCGCUGUUGUUGCCUCGCAAGACUGGCCUGAGAUUACAAAAUAUGCUGGUUUGGUAUGCGCUCAAGCACAUAGGCAGGAGCUCAUUCAAGAUUUAUUCAAAGAGUGGAAGGAUCCUGUGAGGGGGACGGUUACUGGUGGCAUGAUAAAGGAGUUGCUGAUUUCCUUCCGUAAAUCAACUGGACAUAAGCCGCAGAGGAUCAUAUUCUACAGGGAUGGAGUUAGUGAAGGCCAGUUUUAUCAAGUGCUUCUGUAUGAACUUGAUGCUAUCCGGAAGGCCUGUGCUUCCCUGGAACCAAACUAUCAGCCUCCUGUCACUUUUGUUGUGGUUCAGAAGCGUCACCACACGAGGUUGUUUGCUAGCAACCACCGUGAUCGGAAUUCGGUGGAUAGAAGUGGAAAUAUAUUACCAGGGACGGUUGUGGAUUCUAAAAUUUGUCACCCUACGGAGUUCGACUUCUAUCUAUGCAGCCAUGCUGGUAUUCAGGGGACAUCAAGGCCAGCUCAUUAUCAUGUGCUUUGGGAUGAGAACAACUUCACUGCGGAUGGGUUGCAGUCACUGACAAACAACCUUUGCUACACGUACGCAAGGUGUACGCGUUCGGUGUCGAUAGUACCACCGGCAUACUACGCACAUCUGGCGGCAUUCAGGGCGCGUUUCUACAUGGAGCCGGAGACGUCGGAUAGCGGUUCAAUGACGAGUGGGAGCAUAGCUGGACGGGGGAGGAGCACCCGCGCCCCAAUCGUGAGUGCGGCUGUUAGGCCUCUUCCUGCCCUCAAGGAGAACGUGAAGCGUGUCAUGUUCUACUGCUGAAUUGCUUUAUCAUGCACGGGAGAAACUCUAUUGAACUCUCUCCCUUAGACUUGGCACUCUGUUUGGAUUUGCUGUUUGUUGGAAGACAUGUUAAUGUCUCUAUGCCUGGUGGCGGCUGUGUUAUCUGGGAUUUCAAUCCUUGGGCGAAUGGUUGUGGUUCCGAGUCUCCACCAAACUGUUCAGGCUCGGGAUGGGAAUACAUCUAACCGUUUCAGUUUUUUU